AUGUCAGACUGGGACUCAACUACUGUUAUCGGCCAGAGAGUAAGAACUGGCGGUGGUGGCCCAAGACAACAAGUGGCACGUACUCAAGGUGAGAUUAACGCUGCCAGAAGAUCUGGUAAUGUGCUUUCUGUCGACAAAAAAUACAGUUCUAGCAACGCCAAGGGCAACAACGAAGGACAAAGACUCACAAAAGUUGACCGUGAAACGGAUAUUGUCGUUCCUAAGAAAUUGGACGCCUCGGUCGGGAAAGUAAUCGCCAAAGCUCGUGGUGAUAAGUCGUUGACUCAAAAGGACUUGGCCACCAAGAUCAACGAAAAGCCUACCGUCAUUAAUGACUACGAGGCUGGUCGUGCUAUUCCUAACCAACAGAUCCUAGCUAAGCUGGAGCGCGCCUUGGGCGUCAAACUACGGGGUAAGGGUAUCGGAGAGCCUUUGGGCCCUAAGAAGAAGGCUUAA